AUGUCUGACGCUGAACACGAACAAGGUUCACAAUCUGUAUUAUCGAAUGCAUCUGCCAAGGCAGAAAAUGAUAAUGAUAAUUUUAAAGACGACUCUGUGGAGCACAAUGGCUAUAUCGAGAUGCCAAAGAAAUCUGCCGGGGCUUACGCUACCAUUUCCAUAUUAUGUUGUAUGAUCGGUUUUGGAGGUUUCAUCGCCGGUUGGGAUACUGGUACCAUUGGUGGUUUCAUGGGUCAUCCAGAUUUCAUGAGAAGAUUUGGUCAAAAACGUCGUGAUGGUACUCAUUAUUUCUCUAAUUCAAGAACUGGUUUGAUUGUUUCCAUCUUUAACCUUGGUGGCUGUAUUGGUUGUUUAACAUUGAACAACUUGGCUGGAAGAGUUGGUCGUAAGAAGGCUUUGGUUAUCGUUGUCAUCAUUUACAUGGUUGGUAUUGUUAUUGAAAUGGCUUCCAUUAAUAAAUGGUAUCAAUAUUUUAUUGGUAGAAUUAUUUCUGGUAUGGGUGUCGGUGCUAUCUCUAUUUUCUCCCCAAUGUUGUUAUCUGAAGUUUCUCCAAAGCACUUGAGGGGUACUUUAGGUUCAGUUUAUCAAUUAAUGGUUACAUUUGGUAUCUUUUUGGGUGAUUGUACUAAUUAUGGUACAAGACACAAGCAUAACUCGUCUCAAUGGAGGGCUCCAUUGGGUCUAUCCUUUGCUUGGGCUUUGUUCAUGAUUGCUGGUAUGAGUUUUGUUCCAGAAUCUCCACGUUACUUAUUGGAAAUUGGUAAGGUGGAAGAGGCCAAGAGAUCCGUUGGUACUUCUAACAAACUUUCCGCCGAUGAUCCAGCUGUUCAAUGUGAAGUUGAUUUAAUUCUUGCUAAUAUUGAAGCUGAAAGAUUAGCUGGUUCUGCCUCAUGGCCUGAAUUGUUUUCAACCAAGGGUAAAUAUGUUCAAAGAUUACUUAUGUGUUGUGUGUUACAAAGUUUACAACAAUUGACUGGUAUUAACUACUUCUUCUACUAUGGUAGUACUGUGUUCCAAGCUGCUUCUUUGAAGGACCCAUAUGAAACUGCCAUUGUCUUUGGUAUUGUUAAUUUUGCUUCAACAUUUGUUGCCUUUUACGUCGUUGAUAAAUUUGGUCGUCGUAAAUGUUUAAUGUGGGGUGCGGCCGCUAUGGUUUGUUGUUUUGUAGUUUACGCUUCUGUUGGUGUGAAGCGUCUAUAUCCAGAGGGUCGUAAGCAUAAGGAAAUUACAUCUAAAGGUGCUGGUGAUUGUAUGAUUGUUUUCUCAUGUUUCUUUAUCUUCUCUUUUGCUUGCACCUUGGCUCCAAUUUGUUGGGUUGUCGUUUCUGAAACUUUCCCAUUGGAGAUCAAACCAAAGGGGAUGGCAUUGGCUAAUGGUUCUAAUUGGCUGUGGAAUUUCUUAAUCUCCUUCUUCACUCCAUUUAUUACUGGUGCAAUUGACUUCUAUUACGGUUACGUCUUUAUGGGUUGUAUCUUAUUCGCUUACUUCUUUGUUUUCUUCUUCGUGCCAGAAAUGAAAGGUUUGACAUUAGAAGAGGUUAAUGAACUAUGGGAAGAAGGUGUCUUACCAUGGAAAUCUCCAGACUGGGUUCCAUCAACUAGAAGAGAUGCCAAUAUGGAUAUGAAUGCUUUACAACAUGAUGAUCAACCUAUGUACAAGAAAGUGUUCGGAUUUUCCAAGUAA